AUGUCUGGGAAGCACUGGCCCCCCGGGACACAGUGUGUCACCAAGCACGACCACACCAAGCCCAAGGCCCAGGAGCUGGCCUUCCGCAAGGGUGACGUGGUCACCAUCAUCGAGGCCGUGGAGGGCAAGGGCUGGUACCGCGCCAGGCACAACGAGACGGGGCAGGAGGGGCUGCUGGCGGCCAGCACACUGCGGGAGCGUGGUGCCAUCCAUGUCAACCCCAAGCUCAGCCUCAUGCCCUGGUUCCACGGGAAGAUCUCAGGGGUGGAGGCGGUGCAGGCGCUGCAGCCCGCCGAGGAUGGGCUCUUUCUGGUGCGCGAGUCCGUCCGGCACCCUGGCGACUAUGUCCUGUGUGUGAGCUUUGGCAAGGAGGUAAUGCACUACCGCGUGGUGCACGAGGAGAACACGCUUAGCAUCGACAGCCAGCAGUACUUCUCCAACCUCAUCGACAUGAUCGAGCACUACAUGAAGGAGCAGGGAGCCAUCUGCACCAAGCUGGUGAAGCCCAAACCGAAAACCGGGAUGAAGUCAGCUGAGGAGGAGUUGGCUAAAGCCGGCUGGUUGCUGAACUUGCAGCACCUCACGCUGGGAGACCGCAUCGGGCAAGGCGAGUUCGGAGACGUCCUGCAGGGCGAGUAUAUGGGGCAGAAGGUGGCUGUGAAGAACAUCAAGUGCGAUGUGACUGCCCAGGUCUUCCUUGCUGAAACGGCUGCCAUGACGAAGGUCCGGCAUAAAAACCUGGUGUGUUUGCUUGGCGUGAUCCUGCACAACGGCCUCUACAUCGUCAUGGAGUUCAUGAGCAAGGGCAACCUGGUGAACUUCUUGCGCACGCGGGGACGGGCGCUCAUCCCAACCCAGCAGCUCCUCCUGUUUGCUCUGGACGUGGCCCAGGGCAUGGACUACCUGGAGUCCAAGAAGCUGGUGCACAGGGACCUGGCUGCCCGCAACAUCCUCAUCUCCGAGGAGAACGUGGCCAAAGUGAGUGAUUUCGGCUUGGCCCGGGUCAAUCCCAAGGGCACGGACACCACUUUGCUGCCUGUGAAGUGGACAGCCCCGGAGGCCCUGAAACACAAUAAAUUCUCCUCCAAGUCGGACGUGUGGAGCUAUGGGAUCCUCCUGUGGGAAGCCUUCUCCUUCGGCCGAGCACCCUACCCCAAGCUGAGCCUGAAGGAGGUGACAAUGUUGCUGGAGCAGGGGUACCGCAUGGAGCCCCCCGAGGGCUGCCCGCCUGCCAUCUAUGCCCUGAUGAAGAGCUGCUGGGAGCUGGAGCCAGGCAAGCGGCCGUCCUUCAAGAAACUUGUGGAGAAGCUGCAGAAGGAGCUGAAGCACCUGAGGGACAUUUAA